AUGAAUGCCGGGGAAGAGAAUCUGCUGAAGUCCAUCAGCAACGACACUUUACUGGACCUGACGCAGCGAUACGGCCAGUCCGCCUUCGGCUUUGGACCUGGGCACAUUACUGGAAGUCCUGGAGGGCGGUAUCCUCUCACACCGGCCGCCGACUUCCUCUCCGGUCAGACGGGCAAGUCCAACGAAAGUGGCGGGGAGCAGACCAGUGAUGACGAUGACGACCGUUUCGACCCUCUGGACCCCCGGAAGAGGGGUUCCGCAUUCGACGACGACAAACACGGGGGUCCUCUUUCCAAGAAGCCCAAAGAGCAGCGGUCUCUGCGCCUGAGCAUCAAUGCGCGCGAGAGGAGACGGAUGCACGACCUGAACGACGCACUGGACGGCCUCCGCUCUGUGAUCCCGUAUGCGCACAGCCCGUCGGUGAGGAAACUCUCCAAAAUAGCCACUCUCCUCCUGGCAAAGAACUACAUCCUCAUGCAGGCUCAGGCUCUGGAGGAGAUGAGGCGGCUGGUGGCUUAUCUGAACCAGGGACAGAGCAUCACCUCGCCCAUCCCUACCCCUAUUGCACCCUUUGGACAGGCUGCCGUAUACCCCUUCACGGGCUCGGCACUCGCCACCUGCGCGGAGAAAUACUCGGGGACACCUGCAAGUCUCUUUAAGCACCAUAACGACAAGCCUUGA